AUGCCUACGGAUUCGGAUACUACUAAUGAACCAACAUAUUGGUUGAACAAUAGGGUUUUCUUCAGUGCAGCAUUUAUAUUGGCUACUGUGGUUGUAUCAGUUUCUAUUUUAUGGAAAUAUGAAGGCAGCAAAAGAACCAGAAGGCUAAAUCGCAGAACAAUAGGAGUUUUAUAUGAGGAUGAAGCCUGGAGAACAUCUUUCAAAGUAAUUCAUCCUGGUUGGCUUCUCGCGUACCGAAUAGUUGCUUUCUGUGUGCUUCUGUCUGUGGUAAUUCUGGAUUGUGUUGUUGAUGGACCUGGCAUGUUUAUGUUCUUUACUCAGUGCACAUUUACUAUGGUCACGAUCUAUUUCGGGAUCGGAAUUUCAAUUUCCAUUUAUGGAUGCCGUAAAUACCGCAAUAGAGUUUUCGAUAAUGCAACAGAUGAAGUGAAGGAUGAAGAGCAAGGAACUAGUGUUGGUAAAAAUGCAGAUACAACCAGCACGCCUAAAAGUCCUACUGCUGAAGAAUGUCCCUCCCGCAAAGCAGCUGGGCUAUAUGUUCAUAUCUUUCAGGCCAUAUAUCAGCUGUGUGGGGGUGCUGCCGUGCUCACUGACUUUGUAUUUUGGGGCAUCCUGUAUCCAUUUGUUUGGGACCCUGAAUAUGAUCAACUGGACUUUUUGAUGGUCAGUUUGCACGUGUUCAAUCUUCUUUUCCUCCUUGGUGACACAAUUUUGAAUAGCAUGGAGGAGGACCAAAGGAUCAGGAUUCCCAUCGCUAAUUGUACAGGAGCCUACAUUAUUCCCAGUUACAGAUCAGGUGUCCUCGAAACAGGGCCAGCCCUGUGUCUGUUUGCUUAG